ACUCUGGAUCGUCUGACCCAGGCCACGGGCGGCACCGAGAAGUCCUGGUAUCGCUGCGUGUUCCCUUUCGGGGUCAUCUCCUUGGUGAUCGGUAUGGCGGGCACGGGCGUCACCUUCACCUUCAACACCCUGCUCCAGACCAAGGUGGUGUCCUUGGUGCUCUUGGCGGUCGGCUUCGUCAUGUUGCUCGUCGCGGCGGUCUGCUGGAAGGUCCAUCGGGUCAGGAGGAAGGAGAAGAAAGACGGAGGGUUCUUCAACCCGGAACAGGGCGCUCUAUAAGACGUAGCAAUCCCAUCUCGGAGAAACAGGGUGUUCUUUGUUUGUGUGGAUUCUUCUUCUGUGAAGGAAGUACUUGAAAGUCCUUGU